CAAGUUGACUGUCUGACAUGUGGUAUCAUUUACUGUGCUCCCACACACGACCACUCGCAGUGAAGACGGUGGGCUUUGACUCAUGUCUCUGGCGAAUAGCAAAAUAAUUCCCGCACACACCAUUGCUUGGGUUGUGUGUGUGUGUGUGUUUGUGUGUAUACACGUGCACUUUUUAUCUCUGCUGUGAGGCAACUGAGUGGCUGAGCUUGUAGGUGAGGUCACACACAUCUGUAUUUAACGUCAGUGCACACUAACCUCAAACAGAGGUUUGGAAACGUGUUUGUUCACGGCAGCAACGGAGAGAGGACAAAGCUGAGUAAGCUGUGGCCUUCCUUCUCAUAGUCUCUCCAUGCACCGGCAAGUACCGUGGGCUGCCCUGCCCUGGCGGAAAGGUGCAAUGCUCAUAGACUGUGCUGCUUCUGGAGACCCCAUGGCCCCCGGCACACCAUCUCCCUCUGCGAAUAGCCGACGACUCACUCUGGUGCAGUUGAUAUUGUCGUCCCUGUUGAUCUUGCUGGUUUCUGGGCUGCAACCAGUAUUGGGUCAGAAGGUCUACACCAACACAUGGGCUGUCCACAUACCUGGAGGUGGGGAGGAAGCUGAACAAAUUGCCAGUAAACAUGGCUUCAUCAACUAUGGACAUGUUUUUGGUGACUAUUAUCACUUCAAGCAUCGUACCGUGGCGAAGCGAUCGCUGUCUGAUCAUAGGAGCACACACGUCCGUCUAAUUAAAGAUCCCAAGGUGACCUGGGCAGAGCAACAGGUAGCCAAACGUAGGAAAAAAAGGGAUAUCUACGUAGAACCGGCUGAUCCAAAAUUUGUGGAGCAGUGGUACCUGUACAACACCAACCACCGUGACUUGAAUGCCAAAGCUGCUUGGCAGUUGGGCUACACAGGUAAAGGAGUGGUGGUGUCCAUCCUGGAUGAUGGAAUCGAAAAGAAUCAUCCAGACCUCAGUCAAAACUAUGACCCAGAUGCCAGCUAUGAUGUGAAUGACGGCGACCCAGACCCUCAGCCACGAUACACACAGCUUAACGAUAACAGGCAUGGAACACGCUGUGCGGGAGAGGUGGCAGCAGUAGCCAACAAUGGCAUCUGUGGAGUGGGUGUGGCUUACAAUGCCAAGAUUGGAGGCGUGCGCAUGCUGGAUGGUGAGGUGACAGACAUGGUGGAGGCCCAGUCUCUGGGCCUGAACCCUCAACACAUUGACAUCUACAGCGCCAGCUGGGGCCCAGAGGAUGAUGGCAAAACUGUGGAUGGGCCUGCCAAACUUGCCAAAGAGGCCUUUCUGCGUGGAGUUACUGAGGGUCGUGGAGGUUUGGGCUCGAUUUUCGUGUGGGCCUCCGGCAACGGUGGCAGGGAUAAGGACAGCUGUAACUGUGAUGGCUACACCAAUAGCAUCUACACCCUCUCCAUCAGCAGCUCGACCCAAAAUGGCUUUGUCCCCUGGUACAGCGAGGCUUGCUCCUCAACCCUCGCAACCACCUACAGCUCGGGCAAUCUCAACGAGAAGCAAAUUAUCACGACAGACCUUAAGGCUAAAUGCACAGACUCCCACACAGGGACGUCUGCCUCCGCCCCACUGGCUGCCGGGAUCAUCGCUCUAGCCCUCGAGGCAAAUAAAAAUUUGACCUGGAGGGACAUGCAACAUCUGGUUGUGCGAACCUCUCACCCUGCCCACCUGGCCACCAGUGACUGGAAUACCAAUGGGGUUGGACGCAAAGUCAGCCACUCAUACGGAUAUGGCCUGCUUGAUGCCAGUGCAAUCGUGGCUCUGGCAAAGACAUGGACCAGCGUGGGGCCGCAACGAAAAUGUGUGAUCACCAUGCUCUCCGAGCCAAAAAACAUUGGCGGCCAUUUAUCAGUUAACAAGAGCAUAGAUGCCUGCUUUGAGAGCGACAGUCACGUGACCUCACUGGAACACGUCCAAGCUCGGCUCACCCUGUCGUACAACCGAAGGGGCAACCUGGCGAUCCACCUCAUUAGUCCUGCCGGCACACGCUCCACGCUGCUCCACCCCAGGCCUCAUGACUACUCAUCAGAGGGUUUUAAUGACUGGGCUUUCAUGACCACCCACUCUUGGGACGAGAACCCCUCUGGGAAGUGGACGCUGGAGAUCGAGAAUGUAGCGGGCGCCAGCGACUAUGGCACCCUAACCCAGUUCAUCCUGGUGCUGUAUGGCACCGCACCUCCUGGAGAUUCUCAGCCUCCAAACGGCAACUGUAAGACGUUGGACCUCAGGCAGAUAUGCCUUGAGUGUAAUCCCGGCUUCUACCUCCAUAAGCAAAGUUGUGUGAAAGAAUGUCCACCAGGCUACGCUGUGGGUUCGCUUCCCCUCAACUACACCGUGGGGAACUCCAUUUCCCCGCCCUACUUGCCGGCCUGCAUGCCGUGCCUGCCGCCCUGCCUGACAUGUAGCAAGCUCAGCGGUGAGGCCUGCCUGUCCUGUCCUCCUCACAGAUCGCUGAAUCCCGUCACCGGCAGCUGCGAUCACAACACCCAGUUCAUGCGCGAGUCGCCCGGAGGCUUCAUGGUGGGCCAAGGGAACGCUGGGUUGCAGCCCCAGCGCAACUCCCAAUUGCCCAUGACUGUAGCCAUUCUCAGCUGCAUGGCCAUCAUGGCCGUCUUUGCCGGUAUCUUCCUCAUGCUGCAGCUGCGCUCGGGCGCCGUCAUCAAGCUUCCGUCUCUAGAAGCCGGCAGCGGCCUGGCGGGCACCUUCAGCUUGGGUGGGAACAGGGUGGUGUCGUACCGCGGCAUCCCGACAGUGUGGGGGGACGACGGCGCCAACACGGACUCGGAAAACGAAGAAUUUGACGUCCAAAACGAGAGGACUGCCUUUAUCAAAACACAAAGUGCUCUUUAAUACAUUCCAUUUCUGACCUGCUUUUUUUUUUUUUUUUUUUAAUCCUCACCACCAAUUAUUGGAAAAUUCAGGGCUGGUGUGUCUUUGCUUUCAUGCUCUUCUCUGGUUUUAUCUCUCGUCCUGAUUUGGCCCUCCAUUUCAGUGGGUUCCCAACAUCCUCCGCUUCUCUGUAAGAGACCUGACAGCAAGUCGCUGCCCACUUGGAGCUCAGGAUAGCGGGUGUGUUCACACUUCUAUUUGACCUUGUGUCUUUCUCCACCUCUUCCUUUGGAUCACUGGCAAUGUGUUUCUUUCCCACCUUCUUCUCCAGCUCUUAUUGUUCCACUAAAAGACAAUUACCGCCUUUCUAUUCUUCCUCCUUUCCUUUUCUAUCAGUCUCUGUGCAGUAGCCGGAUGAGAUUGUUUUGACGUGAGGAACCCGACCGAGCGUGCUAGUGUCCAUGCCCGGCACGUGAAUCUUAAACCAGUUACUCUAAUAUUUUUCAUAGUAUUGUGUAAGUGAGCAAAUUUAUUUGGUCCCAUUUGAUUCUCGCAAGUAUCAACAUCGCAAAUGCCACGCUUUUUUUUUUUUUUUUUUUUUACCUAUCAAUGAUUUUCAUGUGCAAUGUGAGCCAUGCAGCUGUCAGAUUUAAGUUGGAGAAAGUAGACGAGCCUGUUUCCAACCUUGCAGCUAUCACGCGUAAAAGCGUCAAAGUAAAAAAUGUACUGGAGCAACCCUGCAGCAGCUAUUACUUUUGAUUCAUCUGCAGAAGGAUUGGACUCAUUACCAACACAUCACUACGUUCACUCGGUCCGGGCAUAUUAACACUACAAAGACAAAUUGCCCACGCCUCAAAUUAACAAUGACACUAAUGUAGUUGCUUGUGUCGUUUAUUGUAAAAGAGAAAUAUAAGUCUUCCUUCAGCGGGAGCAUUUUUCUCCUCCGUUUUACAUUCCUGCUCUCUCAAGCUGAGUUGAAACUGCACAUCAUCAACAUCCCUGCAUCAGGUCUAAAUUUAAGUGGAUCUCUUCUGUGAGCCCCUCCAACUAUGUUGUUGUAUUCUGACUGACGCUGCAGAAAGGGAUUUUUUUUUUUUUUUUUUAAUUUAAGUCAUACCCUUGGGGAAGGUUGUUUUUAGUCUUUGUUGCUCCAAUGCUGUAUUUCAAGGACACAUCUCACGAUUGAAUACGGAGCAAAUCUAAAUCCAUUUAUCUCUCUUCAAUAGCUCCCAACUAAUUGAUCCGGCAUUCAAGCGCUGCCGAGAGAGGUUGUCAUGAUGAUGAUGACGUGCAAACAAAAACGCAGCUGCUCACCCUUUAUAUCUACCUCUCAUCACUCAGUAUGGUUUCACACACCAACGCUUACAAAGAUGGAAAUAUUCUGGAAAUAUAAAGUAGGAUUGACGUUUCAUUUGAUUUUUAGGAUGCUGUGCCAGUUUUAUCACCUAUAUCGUCAGCAUUCAUAGGCAGGCCUUUAAAUCCCGGUUUGGGAAAUGGGACGGGUCAAAGGAUUGACUUUUUGGUCCCGUUGGCCCGCAUUUACUCGCGUGUUAAAUGGAUUUUGCCAGAUAGAUGUUGUUUGCGAUCUUUGUACUCCCAUCCUCCCUCUGGUUCCUCUUGAGGUUAAGACUUUUUGUCCUGAUGCCGACAAUCAAUUUCCCUGUUUAGAGAGCAAGAGGCAAGCAAAGAAAAUAAAUCCAUUGAAAACCUAACCACUUGUGUCGAGAAGCCCUCUGUUGGGGUAAUGUGCAGACGCAGAUGCGAUUACCGAGGUGUUAAUCCCUUCAUGUGGCUGCACAGGACUGGUCAUGGAUCUACAUUAGUGCCUGCUGACAUUUAGGCUUUAAGUAAGAUACUAAUUCAAAAAUGCCAUUUGUGGCAUCAUGGGAAGCGUUUAAAACGUAGCACCCCAUAAUGUGGCAGCAAAAUCACUUCUCAGAACGUGCUUUAGGUCGUUUGGAAAUCACAAUGUGGAAUGAUUUUGUUAUUAGAAGUAAUGCUGGCGUGUGUGCAAAAGGCAAAAUGUGCAACGUUGACUUUGUUUUGAGUCAUUGCCUGCCUGCUCAAGUGGGUGCUUUAGAGUGCUCAGGUUUCGAACUUUCUCAAGUGACGCCCUUUCAAACGCUUGCAGCCAUGCGAGUGACUUGGAGUAUUUGGCCUAAUGUGCUAUGUUGUCCUCUCUAAACAUUGAAAACAAGAACGUCCCGGCGUGUCCCAUUCAAAUUAAAAGGAGCAAUAUGUUGGCAGAACCAAAGACAAUCAUUUUGUCUGUCGUCUUAAGAUAUUUUGUCACUUGUCGAUCCCCCCACCAAUUUAGUGUGUGUGGUUGUGUGUGUGUUUGCUUGCUCACCAUGCAUCAUCUCUGUUACGACACCGUGUAUUGUUGAGCUGCUGUGAAGGAUAGCGCUAGAAUGUAUCCCAUCUUAAACUUAAGGGCUGAAAUCAGCCCUGCGCACAUGUGUGUGCGCGCAUAUGCUUGGUCAGUAUACAUUAAAUGAGUUUCGGGGGCAGCCUCUCUUGACCCCCGUCGGCCUCCUAACGAGGUCCCCGGCCCCUUGGCUGCACAGUACCUGUGCACAUGUGUGCCCUGUGAAUACUGUACACGAAUGACUUAGCUUAACUGGGACAAAACUCUAAAUAAGGCCUAUUUUUGUACUAUACGAAUGGUGCAGUGUAAUUUUCUUGUAAUUUAAAGAUUGUUUGCUCUUGUUUUCUUCUUUUUAUUUAAUUGAUGUCAAUUAUAGAUUCUACUAAAAUAAAGAUCUAUGCAAAUUUGAA